AUGCCCCUUCUCAGUUUGCGGACAAUGGCAUGUUCCCAGACCCUCCAGAGCUCACCAGGAGCUGAGCCCCAUGCUGAUGAGCUCGUGAAUGGUCCUGCAGUGCAUGGUGCUGCAGUGCAUGGUGCUGCACCGGUGGAUGGGCUGCAUAAGAUUGCGGCAGUGGAUGGUGCAGGGGCAGGAGGGGGGGGAGCAGCAGAGGAGGAGGAUCCGUUUGACUCCUUCCCAGACCCGCACGAGUUUGCGGACGAUGGCAUGUUCCCAGACCCUCCAGAGUUUGCGGACAAUGGCAUGUUCCCAGACCCUCCAGAGUUUGCGGACAAUGGCAUGUUCCCAGACCCUCCAGAGUUUGCGGACAAUGGCAUGUUCCCAGACCCUCCAGAGUUUGCGGACAAUGGCAUGUUCCCAGACCCUCCAGAGACCCUCCAGAGACCCUCCAGAGACCCUCCAGAGGUAGGAAUGAAUGAAGGUGUUGGUGGGAAGCUGGGGCUGGGGCUGGGGCGUCAGGUGCACAGCACAGCAGCAUGCAGGGCUGUAUGGCUUGCGUUGGGCCCUCAGCCUCCCUCAGUGGGCCCUCCCCCGGCUCACCAGGAGCUGAGCCCCAUGCUGGUGAGCUCGUGA